AUGGAGUAUAAAUUAGAUGAUGAUAAAGAGUUAAAAAGAGGCUGGUUUCUUGUUACAAAGAAUACCACAAAAACACAGCCGCCUCCUUCCAAGGCAGCUCAGCGCUCAAUGCAGUCUCCACAGAACAGUGCUAUAAUAUUACCAACACAUCAGAUUAAGAAAUCAGGUCGGCCUAAACCACCUGGAUAUCCUUCAGUCCCCAAGAAGGGAAGUUCUGUUAAGAAUACCACAACAAAGAAAAAAGGCCCACACUCAGGAAGAAAGGGAAAAUGUAUUCCUGUCAUUUGCUCCACAUCUUCAACUUCUCUAAAUGCACUGGCCAGAGAACGUGGUAACGUUUCAUAUGAUAAGGAUGCUGUCCCUGGGUCAUCUAAAAUAGUGAUGUCUACAGUCUGUGUCUAUAUAAACAAACAUGGAAACUGUGGCCCUCACCUGGAUCAGAAGAAAAUCCAGCAGCUGCCAGACCACUUUGGCCCAGGCCCUGUCAAUGUGGUGCUCCGGCAGACGGUGCAGGCCUGUGUGGAUUGUGCCAUUCAAAGUAAGACUGUUUUCGAAUUCCUUAAGCCAGAUGAUCGUGGAGGAGAAGUGAUAACCGCUGCUUUUGAUGGGGAAAUUCAUUCCAUCCAGCUGCCUCCAGUGAACAGUGCAUCAUUUGUUCUUCGCUUUCUUGAGAACUUGUGCCACAGCCUGCAGUGUGAUAACCUUUUGAGUAGCCAGCCUUUUAGCUCUUAUAGAGGUAAUACUCAUAGUCCUGAAGAGAAUGAUCAAAAUAAACCAGGUAAGAGAAAAU